CAUUCAGUGGCUGAGUGAGAGGCCUGGCGUGCCCAUGUUGGCCAGCGCCGCAUACAUGCCCGGAUCCUUCAUGCAGCGGGACAUCAUGCGCAUCACACGCCACAGCUCCCCUGAGCCGAAGUAGCGGUCGAGAUGCAGCCGUCUCAUAAGCCGCGCCGGCGGGAAGUACGCCAGGAUCAUGGCCGUGAAGGAGUCCAGGGUGUCGUGGGCGUUGCGGUAGAGCAUCACACCCUUGGCCUCGGGCAACGCCUGGUGCAGCAUGUCGACGGCCAGGCAGCUGACCGACCGGAACUUGAUCACCAGCACUCGGGACGAGGGGAGGCCGCCACUGAGAGAGCGUUGAAGAUACUGCUGCUGGUAGAGCAGGAGCCAGGCUGCGGUGCUUCGCAGGAUGGCGCACCAGAUCUCUCGCUGUGCCAUCUCGUUUCGGUCUGGCGGGGGGAGGCCGGGGAUGCUCGGGAUGACCUGAGCCUCGUAGAGGGGGACGGAAGUGAUGACGUCGGGCUCAGACAGCGAUGUGAUUCCUUGGCCAAUGGUCGAGAGUAUUUUGCUGAAGAAGGUGGAGCCACACCUGCCCGUGUUGUAGAGCAGCAUCACGUUGGGCAGCUGCGAGGGAAAGUCGACAUCAAAACCGGCGUUGGAGCCGGUGGCCAGGCAGCCUCGGACCACUGACGGAUCGAGGAUCUUGACGAAAUCGUCUGCAUGGAAAGGGCAAGGAAAUAAGGACGGUUGACCUCUGUCUGUCUGUGAUGUUUGUUCCUCACGAUAUGGGAGUGAGGCCAUUCUGCAACUAUGUUGCCGCUGGGCCACGUAGACAAACUCCUAAACACACACACACAGAAGGACACACAGCUGACAAAUGGCAUUGAUGGCAUGAGUACUGAUGCGCUAACCGCAGUUGUCAAGUCGACGUCGGCAGGCGUCUCCACCAUGACCACAAACCGCCCGGCUGCCUCCACACAGAAGGGCGUCCAGUAGCUGUUGGCCGAGCCGCUCACCACCAUCUGCACAAACUCCGCAAAGCUCAUGGCCUGCUCGACGCUGAUGUCCUCUCCCAGGUCCCGCAUGUCCACCAGAUCAAAGAUCUGCGUCGCCUUGAUCUUGGUGCGGCUGGAGAUGAUGCACGGCUUGAGGCACAGUGCUGCAGCACUUGCAAGUAGCGCUGCUUCUGCCUCGUGCGGCGCCUCCGGUGGAGCAACACGAGGACAGAGGCUGCUGCAGCACUGAGGCCGAGCGCGGUCAACCAGCGGGGUUCGAGCAUGAUGCAGAAAAAUGGGCGGAAGGGAAUCAGACGAGAGAUCUCGCACCCGC